GUGGAGGAGACGUGUGAUGCUGCAACAGCGCGCCGGUAGGGCCGUGCGUGCGCUGCCAGAGGAGCGAGAGGGAGGAGGAACGCGGACAUGAAGAGCACUCACUGUGCGCCAAGGACCACGACGGUCCGGAGCGGCGCGAGUUAGAAGAGCAGAAGAAGAAGAAGGAGGAGGAAUAAGAGGAAGAAGAUUUGAACCAGGACCUUCUCCUGCACCCGAGGAGGGAAACAUGCGAUGUGACAGCGAUUCGGCCGCGCGUGGCUCACUUUUGCCUUUGCGAACGCCCUCGGGGAGUUCACUCUUACCGCUGCAUGGUCCUGCGCGUCGACGAGGAGGCGACGUUUAGGCGCAGACUGCCGGCACCGCAGCGCGGACACCAACGUGCGUGAAGACUAAGUAGCGACAAGGAGCCGCGCGAAUGUAGUCGUCGGCUCGAGUACAAAGCGAAACGCCGUGCCUGCCGGGUGUCACUUUUCCUGCGAUCACUCUGCUGUGUGUUUUGUUUCGCGCGCGCGCGCGUGUGUGUGAGUGUGUGUGUGCGUGUUGCUGUUGCAGAACCGCGUGGAGUAAAAAGUAAAGGCGAAUAUGCAGGUGAAGAAGCACCGAGAUUCGGGCCGGAGCGGCGGGGACAUGCUGGAAGAAGACGGCCCGCGCAAAAACUCUUCGUGCUUCUCAAAUAUCAAGAUAUUCUUGGUUUCGGAAUGCGCCCUCAUGUUGGCUCAGGGCACAGUCGGAGCGUACCUGGUGAGUGUGCUGACGACCCUGGAGCGGCGGUUCAACCUGCAAAGUGCCGACGUAGGAGUGAUAGCCAGUAGCUUCGAGAUAGGGAACCUCGCUCUGAUCCUGUUUGUCAGCUACUUUGGGGCCAAAGCGCACCGGCCCCGUCUGAUCGGCUGCGGGGGCAUCGUCAUGGCGCUCGGCGCCCUUCUCUCAGCUCUGCCUGAGUUUCUGACCAAGCAGUAUAAGAUAGGGAAAAUGUGGCGGACUGACGUGGGCCGGGACAUUUGCUCCAACGCCAGCAGCAGCGAGGCCCAGCAGGCCGAGGACGCGGUGUGCGACAACAGGACCAACACCAACAUGAUGUACCUGCUGCUGAUCGGGGCCCAGGUCUUGCUGGGGAUUGGAGCCACACCUGUGCAACCCCUGGGAGUGUCAUACAUCGAUGAUCACGUGAAGAAGAAAGACUCAUCCCUCUAUAUAGGGAUCCUCUUUUCCACUCUGGUGUUCGGGCCUGCCUGUGGUUUUAUCCUUGGCUCCCUGUGUACUAAGUUCUACGUGGAUGCUAUCUCCCUUGACACCAAUCUGCUGGGCAUCACUCCAGAAGACCCGCGAUGGAUCGGCGCCUGGUGGGCCGGCUUCCUGCUGUGCGGUGCCUUGCUCUUUUGCUCGGCUCUCUUCAUGUUUGGUUUCCCUCAGUCACUGCCGACCGGCGAGAGAGAGGAGGGGGCUGAGAGUGAGCAGGUCAUGCUCCCUCCCUCUCCCAGCGCCGACCACGAGACCCAGAAGACCAGCAAUGGGGUUGCACACAACCACGAGCCUGCCAACAGCCCCACCUGCUGUCAGCAGCUCAGGGUGAUCCCGAAGGUGACCAAGCACCUCCUGUCGAACCCGGUGUUCACCUGCAUCGUCCUGGCGGCCUGUAUGGAGAUCGCGGUCGUGGCCGGCUUUGCCGCCUUUCUGGGGAAAUACCUCGAGCAGCAGUUCAACCUCACCACAUCCUCCGCAAACCAGCUGUUAGGUAUGACAGCCAUUCCGUGUGCGUGUCUGGGGAUCUUCAUGGGCGGCCUUCUGGUGAAGAAGCUGAACUUGUCGGCGCUGGGAGCCAUCCGCAUGGCCAUGCUGGUCAACCUGAUCUCCACGGCCUGCUACGUCUCCUUCCUGUUCCUGGGCUGCAACACCGGCCCCGUCGCAGGAGUAACGGUUACGUACGGCAACGAGACUCUGCAAGUGGGCAAGAAACCAGACGCUCCAUGCAUCAGUAAGUGCAACUGCUUCACCUCCUCCAUCAGCCCUGUGUGCGGCUCCAACGGUGUCACCUACCUGUCUGCCUGCUUUGCCGGCUGCACCCAGACGGGCAGCUCUCGGACCACAUCAAACAUCCCCCAGAACCUGACAGGAUGCGCAUGUGUAUCCUCGGAAAGCGAACUGGCCACAGCCGUUCCGGGCAAAUGUCCGAUGCCCGGCUGCCAGGAGUCUUUCCUCAUCUUCCUGUGCGUGAUCUGUGCCUGUAGCCUCGUCGGAGCCAUGGCCCAGACGCCUUCUGUCAUUAUCCUAAUCAGGACUGUGAGCCCGGAGCUUAAAUCGUAUGCACUUGGAGUGUUGUUUCUUUUGCUGCGACUCCUCGGAUUCAUCCCGCCUCCCCUGAUAUUCGGUGCCGGGAUCGACUCCACUUGCCUAUUCUGGAGUUCAGACUGCGGCGAGCGGGGCGCCUGCCUGCUGUACGACAACGUGGCCUACAGGCACCUGUACGUGAGCCUCGCCAUCAUGCUCAAGAGCGUGGCCUUCCUCCUCUACGCCACCACGUGGUAUUGUUUACGCAGGAAUUACAAAAAGUACAUCAAAAGUAACGAGGGCUACAUGACGGCGACCGAGUUUUACCCCUCCCUGACGGACGGCCCCAAACUGGUCGACCGGACAAAGUUUAUAUACAACCUGGAGAACCACGAGGUGUGCGAAAAUAUGGAGUCCGUUUUAUAAGUUUGUCACGCACGUCUUUCAUAUCCUCUCAAAAGAAUUAUUAUUUUUUUUUAAUUUCCUUCAAAGGAUGAAAUGAGUUGUUUUUGAUGACGGCCGGUCGCAGAUGGUGUUGCUCGCCCCUGCCGCCGCGUCCUCGGUAAACGUUCCAGGGUCCAUUGCAGUCGUUUGGCGUACCAGCGAGGUGUCGCCCAGUGUUGCCGGUGAAUUCCUGUGUUGGCCCGGUGGUAGAGGAAAAGACCAAAGUACUGUCAGGCUCAGUCCUCGACCAAAGGCAGUGAGCGGACACACUUUUUACAACUAGUUGCCAUAUUGCUUUAGGUCUGUUAUGAUUCCAUUGUUAUGUGUGAAAAAUGACAGUUUCCUUUCAGCCAGUGCACUGUGUGUUCUGUCUGUUCAUGCUCUCAAAAAUGGGAUUUGUAUGAUAGGAAAAAAAAAAGACUCCUCCAGUUAUUCAUAUUUAAAAGUUGCCACGUGUUUACAGACUAAUAGUUAAGUUAAUUCAUUUGAAUUCAAUGCAGGAAGGUUUCUUUUAAAAAGAGAACAGAAACUGUAUAGUGGCCUACUACAUGUUUUAACUGUCCUAAAUCAACUCUAGUACCUUUUAAACAAGGUGGUGUUUUCAUGUAAUCAUGCACUGUCUGGUUUCUGGUUUCUGGUUCUCCUGCUGAAACAGCCACUGUUUUUGAUACUGUUUAGACUAGACCGUGAAGUCUUGUCUCAUAGAUACACAUGUGCAAUUCAUAUCUGACACAUCAAUGUUUAUUACUAGCUUUGUGUCAGACUGCGAAGUUGUUUUUCAUUAUAGCCAUUAUAGCUGUUUUAUUUCCAUAUACGUUUUUACGUCUGCAGAGUUUAUCCAGCCUAACAUGUCUUAAUAAGGGAUUAUUCAAAUAAGAAUGUUAAUCAUAUUUUCUUUGUCUUUUGCACCUAGGGGAAGAGCAGACUAGAAAAUCAAGAGUAGUAUUUCUAUAUAUAUUGAAGUAAAAGAGAUGGGGAGUAAUAUAUUAGUUGUUUUAAGCCCAGAAUGAUUUAUUAGAUAUAGUAUAAAUUUGAUAUACUCUAAUUGUCUGAGAUAUGUGUCUGCUGUCAUAGUAGAUUUGGGACAAUUCAUAUAACACAAAUAGUAUGCUGCAAUGUUGGUGCAAACCAAAAAAAAAACUAGACUUGUAAUGUCUGGAAUAGGGCUGCACAACACUUUAUACUUUAUUGAAAUAACAGUUUGACUGAUUACAAUUUCCAAAUUACCUUUUGCACAAUAAUUGUAAGAACUAAAUCUGUCUCACAAAACUAUUUCAGAUUCAGAUCUUGGUUUGGUACAGAGACCUGAAACAUUACGCUAUUGUCAUUUAAAAUUUGAGUAGACAUGUAAAAUAAAUCACUUCCACUAUUAUUCCAAAUCAGUAGGCAAAUGCAAUAUCGGUCAAACCGCAAUUGGGUUCAAUUGUGCAGCUCUAAUUUGGAAUAAAAAAGACAGAAAUAAAAGAUUUUGUGUGGUCAAACAAAGUGAACAAAGAACACACUGAAUUUAUGAGACUCACUGAGUCUGUCUGCUUUCAUUUGAAGAGCUCAUUAACACGACUUGGCACACACUGUAUGACCUUUUUCUCUGAUCUUUAAUCUCUCCACAUUUAAAGUUUUGACAUCGUCCCUUUUCUUACACUUUUUGUAUGGCAAAAUUUCAUUUAUUUUACUCUGGAAAUAAAUUAUUUUUCAGAAAAGAAA